UUUGCAGGCUCCGAAGACCCCGCAUUGGGGGGUCUGGUAAGUGGCGUGGAAAGCUGGUAGGACCCGCAGUCGCAGGUGGCCUCCGGAGUGCGGCAGGAAGCGAGCAACGGCCUCCCCAGCCUGGUUUUGUUGGGAGUUUUCCUUUGGAGUUUAUCUCCCAUUUUUUCCUCUUUGCGCGCAUGGGAGGACGGAGAGCUUUGGGAAUACUUAGAGCGAGGAAGUAUCGUUUGGGUAGCAACAGUUUUUUUUAUUUAUUUUACUCAAUCCCGGGCCGGCUAUGCUUUCCGACAAAAAAAGGAGCGUCUGUUGACAAUCCAUAGUAUAUCGCAAAGAUAAAGCGGCUGUGACCCCCGUGGGCAAGUUGCGAGUGAUUUUGCAUUGGAUAUAAUCGGUUUGAUUUUAAAGUUUGGAUGGUGCUCCUCGCUACAGCUUGUAGCCUGUGUGCGUAACUAUUGGGAACAAAUAGUUUCUCCGCCUGGCUGCCUUUCUUAACACUUCGGGGAGUAUCUCACUGCAUGCAGUGGAAUGCUGUUGAGUAAACAUGCAGAGGCUUGUGCUUUUUUGUGGUAGUAACUGGUUUUUAGCCCAACUCCCUGGUUGAAGAGAGUAAAUCCAGUAUUCUUUUGUCUGGCCUAAAUAGAGAAGGAAGCUGCUGCUUACAGUUGUAAAGUAUGAUUUUCCUUUCUGUUUAAUGUUUACAAGAUUCCUGAUUUGAGUUAAAAGUUAAAAGUGGUUAUCAAUUAACUUCUUUUGGUUGCUUUGCAGUUUGCAGUCCGCGGGAAAAUGUUAUCUUUAAAAGCACAGCGGAUGCAAAUAUGAAGAGAAACAACAAAUGUAAUCUCUGAAUGUCUUGAGAGAGAAAGCAGGACUCCCCCCCCCUCCAAAAAACAUCAACAAAUCCUUAUGGUGAAGCUGGAAAUAUUUGGGAAGAUGGGGGUCCUUGUUUUCUUUCUGAUCUGGAGUUUAAUCUUAAACUUGACCUAUGGACACAGUUUGUUCACCUGUGAGCCUAUUAUUAUUCCAAGAUGUUCUGGAAUGACUUACAAUAUGACGUUUUUUCCUAAUAUGAUGGGACAUUAUGAUCAGGACACUGCAGCUUCCCACUUGAAGCUCUUUCUUCCCCUUCUGAAUCUUCAGUGCUCCCCAGAUGUCCAUGCAUUUCUGUGCAAAGCCUUUGUGCCUGCUUGCUUUGAACAAACACGUGUUGUAUACCCUUGCCGGAGCCUUUGUGCAAGAGUGUAUGAGGACUGUAAAAAGAUGAUAGACAUGUUUGAAAUUGGAUGGCCUAAGGAACUUGAAUGCAGCAGACUGGAGGACUGUGAUGAAACUGCUGCUGCCACUGCUUCUUUUACUACAAGAGCCCAGGACACAUGGAAGAUCCCAGGGCAGCCCAAAAGGGACUAUGGAUUUUGGUGUCCACGUCAUUUGCAGACAUCCAGUGGACAAGGCUAUAGGUUUUUAGGCAUUGAGCAGUGCGCACCCCCUUGCCCCAACAUGUACUUCAAUAAUCAUGAGCUAGAAGUUGCCAAAAGCUUUAUUGGCAUUGUUUCAAUUUUUUGCCUUUGUGCCACUCUGUUUACGUUCCUAACAUUUUUGAUAGAUGUUAAAAGGUUCAGGUAUCCAGAGAGGCCAAUUAUAUACUACUCUGUUUGUUAUAGUAUAGUGUCUCUCGUUUACUUCCUCGGGUUUGUCCUGGGAAACAAAACAGCCUGUAAUAAGAGCGAUGAAAAGCUGCAGCUUGGCGAAACAGUCGUUCUUGGGUCUCAGAACAAAGGUUGCACCCUUGUCUUCAUGGCUUUGUACUUUUUCACAAUGGCCGGAACUGUCUGGUGGGUGAUCCUCACAGUCACUUGGUUCCUUGCUGCUGGAAGAAAAUGGAGCUGUGAAGCUAUUGAACAAAAAGCCAUGUGGUUCCAUGCAGCUGCCUGGGGCAUGCCGGGGUUUCUCACAGUGAUGCUCCUUGCCAUGAACAAAGUGGAAGGUGACAACAUUAGUGGCGUCUGCUUUAUUGGCCUCUACGACUUAGCUACAUCUCGAUAUUUUGUUCUCCUGCCUUUGUGCAUUUGUGUCUUCGUUGGUUUAUCCCUCCUUUUAGCCGGUAUAAUUUCUCUAAAUCAUGUGCGCCAAGUCAUACAGAAUGAUGGCAGGAAUCAAGAGAAGUUGAAAAAGUUCAUGAUUCGAAUUGGCGUCUUCAGCGGCUUAUACCUCGUACCUCUAGCGAUACUCUUGGGCUGCUACAUCUAUGAGCAGGUGUAUAGGAAGAUAUGGGAAACCACUUGGGUUUAUGACCACUGUGAUCAAUUCCAUAUACCCUGUCCUUAUGAGGUCAAAACAUUAGCUAGACCGGAAAUAACUUUGUUUCUAAUGAAGUACCUGAUGACUUUAAUUGUUGGCAUCUCUCCAGUCUUCUGGAUAGGAAGUAAAAAGACCUGUUCAGAAUGGGCAAGUUUCUUCAACAGAAAUCGCAAAAGAGAUCCAAUCAGUGAAAGUCGGAGAGUGUUGCAAGAAUCAUGUGAAUUUUUCCUAAAGCACAACUCUAAAGCAAAGCACAAGAAGAAACACUACAAAUCCAGUUCUCACAAACUGAAAGUGAUUUCGAAAUCAAUGGGGACUAGCACGGGUGCUACAAGCAAUCAUGGGACUUCCGGAGUGGCCAUUGCUAACCAUGAUUACUUAAGCCAUGAAGCUUUAACUGAGAUCAAAAGUUGUCUGGAAGCAUCUGAGAGAGAGAUGGAAGCAGAUGUUGUACGUAAUCAGAGAGUGGAGGAAGAAGAGUUUCCUCAUAAUGAACAAAGCAUGUUACAGAUGCGAUCCAGCCCUGCAGUGCCUGUGCAAGAACAAGAGACCAAAGCAGACAACAAGCAAGAUAUUGCUAGCCUACCUGAAAGCAUGAAGAGAGCAGCUGAAGAACGGACAACUCCUAAAAAUGACAUUACUGAAACUCUUCCACUCCAACUUGGUCAUUCACAUCGCAGUGUUUCCCAACUUGGCAGUACCAAGGGGUCAGGAUUGCUGUUUGCCCACUCAUCUUCAGAUUCAAGGAAAGCUCAAGAGUCUGGUCAUAGCUCAAAUGGUUGAGAAGAUGAACCGAUAUCAAUUUGUCUACGCUGGCUUGGAAUUCUCACCCUUGAAGUCUAGGUCUUCUGGGGAGCUACCAGGUCAGGAAAAAAUAUGUUUCACGAAUAAUUUGAGGUCAAGAAAUGACUCCAUUCUGGGUUAAUGCUGGACAUGAGACGUGCAUUGUGUCUUGUAAAUAAGCACACAAAUACCCAUUGCAACCAGGAAAAAAUAAAAUAAUAUUGCAGAGAGACACUGAGCACUUAUUCCUUCUAUGGAAUCUGUUACCAAAAAUAAAAGAAGAAAAGGGCAAAUGUGUAAUUUGCUUUAUGUCAAACUGGAGAAAUAAUAAAUGGAAAUAUGUUAUAUUCUGAAGAAUAUAAUUGCCUUAAGAUCUUUUUAGUAGUGCUAUUUAUACUUUAAAACGGAGUAUGAACUGCUGACCUUUGUGUAUGUAAUAGGACAACUCCUAAAAAUGACAUUACUGAAACUCUUCCACUCCAACUUGGUCAUUCACAUCGCAGUCUCCAUAAGCCUCAACUCCAGUUGCCCAUGAUUAAAGACGGUGCAACUUAUACCAAAAGAACAUCUGUUUAUCCCCCUGUUCUU